AUGUCAAAGUCAUCAAGCAAGGUGCCAGGGAGGCCGGCUAAGCGGGCGAAGAAAUCUAACAUUACAAUCAUCCCUGAGCAGCUGAGCAACUCAGGACUCGGCUUUCUUGAUCUACCCGCUGGUAAGUCCAAGACAAACCGUGAAGGUACCCUGCUAACCAUAUGCAUUUCAGAGCUCCGUAACUGGGUCUACGACUACGUCGCCCACGACGAUGAUCCCGACGAUCGCCCACCAGCUCUCCACUACCACCCACAUGCCGGGCCGCAGACGCACACCACUUCACGAGCCCCUCUCCGACAAGGCUUCGCGCUCACGCAGACCUGUCGCCUGAUACGCUACGAGUACCUGCCUAUCUACCAGUCCCACGCCCGAGUUGCUUGCUCCUUCCAAUCUCUCCGCGCAUGCUGCAUUGACAAAGACGGCUCCGGGCCACAACUGGUAUUGCCCCUGGGCAAGACCAGCGUAGAGUACCGCAUGAAAGUCCGCGCGCCGGAUGAGAAUGGACGACUUGGCCGUCUUGUCUACGACACUGAAGAGACGGAUUUGUUGGCCAUCAUGAGCGCUGUUCAGCGCACUCCUAAUCUGCACCUCGAGUUCAACCCGUCCAUCUGGACUGACAUAGGCGCCGUGUUGAAUAUUCAAGACAAUCCAACGUGGAGCAAAGCCCUGGAUGAGAAGAUCCAGCGAAUCCGCUUGCUUCCCGAGUCGGUGCAUUUCAGGCCAGUCGUAGCCUUCGAGGUCAAGGAGGGGUAUGCGGAAGCUUGGAUGGCGAGGAAAUGCAGCACCCUCAUCCACUGA